AUGAGGCCAGAGAAUAAGCUUGGAGAUGAUGAAACGUGGGAUAGGGCUGAAAGUGCUCUCAAGGAGGCUUUGGAUGAGUUUGGCAAGCCAUGGCAGUUGAAUGAAGGGGAUGGUGCAUUCUAUGGACCAAAGAUAGAUAUCAGUGUAUCUGAUGCAUUGAGUAGGAAAUUCCAGUGUGCAACUCUACAGCUUGACUUCCAACUUCCUGAUCGUUUUAAGUUGGAAUUCUCAGCUGAGGAUGAAGCCAAAAUUGAGAGGCCUGUUAUGAUACACAUAGCCAUUCUAGGAUCAGUUGAACGCAUGUUUGCCAUACUUUUAGAGCACUACAAGGGUAAAUGGCCCUUCUGGCUCAGUCCUCGUCAAGCAAUUUUGUGCCCUGUUUCUGAGAAAUCACAAGCUUAUGCUCUGAAGGUACACAUCUCUGUUUCCUAA